GUCGACUCGUACCGGGGGGGUAUAUAUCGUUCAAUCUCAAGCAUCCAAAAGUCGGUAACCCUAGGGACGAGAAGAGGAAAAUACAAAAUUACCCAUCUACGACUUUUCGAAACGCCACAUCGAGGAAAUAACAGAUUACAAGAUGGCAUCGUCUCUUUCUCUUCCCAGCAUGUUCUCACUCGAGGGGAGAAAGGCAGUGGUGACAGGAGGUACAAGAGGUAUCGGCGCCGCGAUGGCAAUCGCUUUGGCAGAAGCAGGUGCGGACAUCAUUCUCAUCCAGCGAAACUCGACAAGCACGACGACUCGACAAACGAUAACGUCACUCGGCCGGACCGCCACCAUCUACGAAGCCGACCUUUCGUCCCCGUCGUCCGUGGAAGGUCUCUCGUCCAGGAUAUUGGGCGACGGUCACGACGUUUCCAUCCUCGUGACCUGCGCCGGGAUACAACGACGACACCCCGCCCACCAAUUCCCCACUUCCGACUGGGACGAAGUGUUGCAGGUCAACCUGACCGCCGUUUUCACCCUCGCCCGCGACUUCGGCGCCUACAUGCUCACCCGGCCGGGACCCCACCGAGGGAGCGUCAUCAACGUGGCGAGUCUGGCGAGUUUUCAGGGUGCAUUCACCGUCCCCGCCUACGCCAGCGCGAAAGGAGGAGUGGCCCAACUCACAAAGGCCCUGAGCAACGAGUGGGCCAGUAAGGGUGUCAAUGUCAACGCCAUCGCUCCGGGGUACGUCGACACCGACAUGAACGAGGCUCUGAUGAAGGACGAGACGAGGAAACGUCAAAUUCUGGAACGGAUCCCGGCAGGGAGGUGGGGCACCCCCGAGGACUUCAAGGGCGUGGUGGUGUUUUUGGCCUCUCGCGCCAGUUCCUACGUGAGUGGCGAGAUUGUGGUCGUCGAUGGGGGUUGGAUGGGGAGGUAA